AUGAUCUUGCGGGAAGUCUCCAAUCUCAAGAAGCUCGACCAUGCCAACAUCCUCAAGUUCUAUGAUUGCUACAUCGUCGAUGAUUACAAGUACUACAUGGUCACUGAGUUUUGCCAAGGAGGGUCACUGCCAGACUUCAUCUCACAGAUACCCCAACAACGCCCAAAACUGGCACUCUGCCAACAGAUGGCUGAAGGAUUGGCUUAUGCGCAUGAACAAGGAAUUAGAAACGUGGCUAAGAUUGGAGAUUUUGGAUGCAGCACCAGACUGGGAGCAAACACUGAUGCCCUGACAUCAAGGGUGGGAUCGCCAGCUUAUAUGGAUUAUCGAGUGGGACGGAGACAGGAGUAUGACCACACAGCUGACCUUUAUUCGCUGGGAAUGGUCUUCUUAUGGGUCUUCCAGGGUAAGGGCAUCUAUGAUGAGUGCAAAAGCCUUACUGAUCUCAACCACCACCAGAGCCAGAUCAGCAGGGAUUAUGAAAAUAGCAUACAAAGGUAUGUCGAAUCCCUGCCCGCUCCCAUCGAUGCGAUUGUCAAAAGCUGCCUCAGUCCUGACUAUCGCAGCCGUUUCCCAGCUAAGACCAUUGCCUCCAUGAUUGCUGCUCGGCUCUCACAGGACAAGAGUUCAACAAAUUUGGCACUGGAGAGCAUUACUAACAUUCAGGGACUACGGUACGUCAAUCCAGGAACAAAGGCACAGUUUACUUUCAUUGUGGUCCUCUAUUAUCACUACUGGUUGGAGCAAAUUCACUUGAUUAUCCAUGAGGAGCCGUCACAGCUCUCCAAACGCUAUCCGGAAAUCGAUCCCAAGAGCAUUGAAGCAGAAGUUCUGCGCGUGGCGGAUGCGCAUAUUGCUCAAGAGAAAGAAAGAGUGGCUCCAGUGCUUCUACGAUGUGCCCAGCGUAUUCAGAGUACUUUGCACUUGGUGGCCAAGGAUAUCUACCUUCCUCAACAUUUCCGCGAAUUCGUAAGGGCUGCCAACCAACGAGAGCCUCUUCCGUUCUCUCUUCUCCAGGAAAAAGAGCUCCUCAACAGUUUGGGCGAGUUUUUCACAAAGAGAGUAAAGGCUGACUACGACUAUCUCCGUGGGUGUGAAGAGGAGCACGAUGACCGGUUGAAGAUCGUUGAGAAGAUAUCCAAAUCCUUCUAA